AUGGCGGCCCCCAGAGUAAGACCAAGAGAUCGCCGACCAUCGUUAGCCGGAAUCGGGACGUUUAUCAUUUCUCGCUAUCCAUACAUCUUUGCUUUUGUGCUAUUGAUGUUGUUUGCAGAAAGAGCAGAACAACAAAGAUCUGAAGGCUAUGCACGUGGUUAUAUUUACAGUAAUAUUGCAGCAUUGUUUGUGCUUGGAACUCUGAUUAUUUUUGAUUGGCAGAAACAUACAGCGUAUCUGUUGUGUGCCGUGCAAGUCGCAAUCCAUGCAUUUUAUACUCAUACAAGUCCCUAUUUACACUUUGGUGAAUGGCUAACGAUACGUAUCGUAACCAGAAACUUUGCAGUUAUUGGUGGCUACCUGAUGCUUGCCAGCAGAGAGCUGGAAAACAUUCCACGGCGUUUUAAAAAGCCUCUGCUCUUUACCACUGGUAGAUACGUGUACGGUUUCUUCCUGCUCUGUUACUCAUACACGUUGUUCCGCAGCAAGGAAGACAACCGAGCUUUCCACAAACUUGUACCUCUUGGUAAUCUUUUCUCAUUUGUAAUGGUCGCACUCACGGCCGUUGGAGCGGGCAGCUUUUUUUCUGGAAUACGACUUCGAACUGCAGCACGUGUUCUACUUGUGGUGCUUAUUGUGACUACUUUGUACUUCGAAGGGAACAUAAACUAUUGGUGGAGACAGCGAUUUGUUGAAUACUGGAUGCAUAUUCUAAUUCUAUCAGAAUCCAUUGUCGCGAUCGCUGUUUUAAUGUUACUCUGCUAUCACUGACCAUUUUUUAUGUUUAUAAACAUAAACAAGUUCAUCAAUUUAUUAUUAUGUAUAUAUUAAUUGCAAUAUUUAUGAUAUUCUCUGAAAUUACUGUGACAGUGAAUUUGUUUCGUACAUCUAUUCAGCAGUAUUGCUUUCACGAAGCAGAUAAGUCAUUAUUAGAUUUAUUGCCGACUUGGUACAAAACAAAUGGUGCCCGCCGAAACUUUCAUUCACUGCCGUUGUUUGAUUACUUUCUUGAUUUUUUUUUAUCAUCAAAAUUAAUGUAUUUCUUUCAGAAAAAUGUGUAAUUACGGUUUUGUAGCUGUGCUACAUACAGGGUAUGAACGACAAAUAUUAACACAUUGUCAACCACACAAAUUUUUAGUUCUUGUUGAACUAAAUUGAUUUUGUUCAAAGUUGGUACAAAGACAAGUUGUAAUUGCAUACCUGUACCUGACUGGUGACCAUUUUUUUGAAUGGUGCGGCACAUGCUAAAAAAAACCUCAAUCUUGAACCUGAGAAUUGCUGCCUUAAUGUUACCGGGGUAAAAAUUUUAUUUUUAACUUUUUGAAAAUGGUUAGCCUGAUUGCUUGGAUGAAACUUAUCACAUUUGUUAAUUUCAUGACAAUAUUAAUUCUUUCUCUAUGCAGUUGCACCUUGACAGGGACUGUCAAUCACUUGUAUUCCAUAUAGUAUAUGGUCGACAAUGUGUUUGGUAAAACAGAACUUUAUAUUAAGGGCACCCCCCACAGUCCUUUGCUUUCACCGGCAUCUUU